AUGGCUUCUGCAGAAAAUGUCACGGUACUGACAGUAGCAAAAGACUGUGAAUCUUCUGAGGUCUGCAUGAGUCCUGAGUCCAUGAAUUUCGGGCAUGGAAGAAUCAUACAGUCGUAUUCCACCUGUUGCAUCGAGGAGGCGUGCGCACUAGAAAGCCCUCAGAUGAUGUCAGUGGUGUCGGAUCCAAAUGGAAUCCACUGCCCUGCCUGCUACUCGCCUGGUGAAAGUUGUGUUAAUGAGAUCACCGAUUGCACUGGAGAUCAGGAUCAUUGCUUUGAGAUGGUCUCGUCCACACAUAUUGGUGGAAAAAACAUCAGCGUCAUCAUGAAGGGCUGUGCCACCAAGAAUGUUUGUUUGGCAGUGGAACAAGGACGGGCCUCCCCUAUUACAGGGUCUGGUUUGUCUCUUAUACAGGGCAGAUGCACAGCCAAGACUUCAGAUGGAACUCAGACCAAUGGAUUCUUCUUCCCAACCAUCUCUGGGUUCCUGCUGAUGAAGAUGUUCUUGUGAAAAAGUGCCUUUCUGAGAUCCUAUCAUCUGUGUUGACUCAUAUUUUCCUGUUACCUGAACAAAUCAGCAGUACAUUCAAUGGCUUUGACUCUUCUUUGUAGUACCCAGGAAAA